UCCAGAUACUUUGGGUUUUUAUGGAUUUGCUCACCGGGGUUUACACGUAGUCUCAGGGUAGCCCAAUCAGAACUGUUGUUAGAGUUGUUUUUAUUGACGUACAUUUACGUCGCUAGCUGCUCGUCUUUUAACGAUGCGUGUUUACAUAGCGAGUCUCAUUCAUUGAUUUUUGGCUAACGCGAGCUGUGUAGCGGCGGUCCUCGCUCACCUGACCGGGCUCUACUGUCUGACCUGGAGCUGAGGCGCAGCUCAGCGACCGAGGGCUGCAUCUCAACUGAGGAACAACCAGCCGUGUUACGACCGAUCGUUUGGCCGCUUUAACGCCCGCUAGUCGGCCGAAGCGAGUUAGCGACGUCAACUUUCACCCACUACCAUGGAUUAUAAAGAUAAGGCGAAGACGGCGGCUGACUGCUUGAUGAGCUACAAGAAGGACGAGUCCGGGUGGAAAGUCUGUAAGAAGUCUAAUGACGUGGUGGUGUCUUGGCGCCCCUCAUCAGAGUUCCCGGGGAAUGUUUAUAAGGGGGAGGGUGUUGUCAGCGGCACCCUGGAGAAGGUGUGGGAGUGCCUGAAGCCAGUGCCCAACGGGCGCCGAGUUAAAUGGGACAACAAUGUCAAAAAGUUUGAGCUUCUGGAACAAAUCUCCGAGGACACCUCCAUCUGCCGAACAGUCACGCCCUCAGCAGCUAUGGGUAUCAUAGCUCCACGAGACUUUGUCGAUGUUAUUUUAAUCGAGCAAUACGAAGAUGGAACCAUUUCAUCAAAUGCCACCAAUGUGACUCACCCGAGCUGUGUUCCCCAGUCUGGCUUUGUGAGAGGAUUCAACCAUUCUUGUGGUUGCAUCUGUAUCCCAAUCUCAGGAGAGCCCAACAAAACCCAAGUUUUCAGCUUCUUCCAGACCGACCUUGGUGGCCUCCUCCCUCGCUCUGUGGUUGACUCGUUCUUCCCCUCCAGCAUGUCAGAGUUCUACAGCAACCUGGGCAAGGCUGUGAAAUCCCUCAAGGACCUUUGACAUGAAGCAUUCAGAGAUCUACCUUCAAACUUGAGGCCUCCCGACUGGUCAGGCCAAAUGCCCAUUCCAGUUUAAACCUUCCAAACUCUACAGCAGUCAGAACACUCAGACCACUGACCACAAUAGAUAUAACCUGCCCUUCAUGUAUAUUCCUGUUACUGCAGGAGCAAUCCUCUAAAUCUUGAACAGUCAAACCCUAUUUGAAAAGCAGUUUACACUGAAAAAUGGCUAAAUUGAUGAGGGCUUCCAUUUGUAAAAAACACCCAUUCCCUUUACAUUCUUAGCUGUGGGAUGAAUUUACUUUGUCCUAUUUUACAGAAUGAAAAUAGUUUGUAAACUUGUAUUGGUACAUGUUCUAAAGGUGCAGUAAAAAUGCAUGUUGCAUGUUCCUUAUUUACCCUAUGCGGGUAUCAGAUUGCAGUACUGCCUCAUACCUCAUAUAGUUGUUUGUGUACUUGAAUUGUUAUAAUUUUGCUCAUCUCCACUCACCUACUGUAGAAGCCGUCUGCCUUUUUAAUGAGCUCCACUGAAGCACAGGAGAAAUGAAGUGUCUGGAUGUUUUGAUUGGGAAUACUUCAUGUUAAAUGUGGCUCUACUAAGCAGAAAAGAGUUGCCCCUUUUUCAUUGCAUUGGUUUCUGUUGUCCAUUUCCCUUUCUUUUUCACCACAUUCAGUUCUCAUACACUUUUAGUUUCAUUGAGCCAGCUUCUCAAAACACACGAUCACAAAGGUUGUCAACACAUAUUUCACAGAUGCUUUUCUGUUAAAGUCACACAUUUGAAGAUGCUGCGAGAUAAGACUGUUAACGUGACAAUGUGUGUAAUACCAUAAUUAUUUUCAGUAGGCGAUACUGUAAAAGAAAGAGAUGGUUCACUUCAGCUAUGUUCUUAAGAUGAAACAUUUCUAAUGCGGAAUUAUGAGCGACAAGGGUCAAGACUCUUUACAAAAGCAUCUGUAUAAAGCUGGAAAGCUUUACAAGGGAUCUUGUAAAGGAGAAAUUGGUAAAGUGUGAAAGACACUAAAAUGCACACACGGAUAAAGAUGAUGAUUAGAGUUUUUAAAUAGUUUUAUACUUUUAAUUUAAGUGUGUCUGUAGGGAGUUCAACCAAUGGUAACAGAGUGAAACAACUCUUCUAUUGUGAUUUUGUACUUUCAAAUGAAUCUCUCUUUCAAAGCACAUUCAAUCCCCACACUAAAAUCCUGUUAUUUUGAAUGCUGAUCCUAAAUGACGACACAUACACUGACCCUUAUAAUAGAGUUAACCUACAAAUUAAUGUUACCUCACCGUAUCACAUAACACAAGAAAGCAUUUUCUAUGUUUUUGGAUAAAGACACACAGGGAUCCAGUAGAUGAGAUAUGUUGUAGAAUUUGUAGUAACCUAUCUCCAGGGCAGAGUUUUGUCAUAAUCCUACCUCUCUGUCUACACAUUGAAGUUAAUGAGGCUUCUGUGUGAUUAAAUAGAAAUGGGAAAUGAACUUGAAGUGGGCAUUAUCAUGGAGUGUUGUUUCCCCUUGUCCAGCUCGGCAUGUCUGAUCAUUCUUUCAUUUUUACUAAAGGCGUAUGAGACGUGCACAAUCAAGACAAUAAUAAUAACCAUUGGCUUUAUGUCAUGUGGUCUUAUAAAAUAAAGGCACAUUUUCAGGUUAGACGGGGAAAGACAUACCUGCAAAAAAACAUCAUAGCUUACUCUCAACACUUGAAUAAAAAGUUUAAAAACAUGUCUAUUUAUUAUCUUAGAAUCUAUGUUGCUAUCAUAAAAGUGCUACCUGACGUUUUAAUAUUUACACAAAUAUUAAAUGCAAACUGUAAGUUUUUCCACAACUGCCAGAGUACUUUUAAGGUAUUUGGAAAAAUAACCUGUACUGUAUCAUUUUAAUCUUCAUCACUGAAACUCACUGUGGUAGAGGAAAUGAGAAAAUGCUGAAAACUUAAUGAUUUAAAAGAUGCUGUGUGCGCCUUGUUUGCACCCCCUCCUCUUAUUGGUUCCUGAAUGAUAACUUGGGGAUUAAAUUGAUUGCUUCAACAUGAUCAGCAAUAAGAAAUGCCUUGGUCUGAAAUUAGUUAGUCAGAGGGUGAAGAUGAGCAUCAGAGUCUGGGGGAGGGGGGAGUGAUUUGUACAAUGCUUAGUUAUUGUUGGUUUAUAUCAAAGUUCCUUAAAAAAGUGUUUUCUUCUUUACCUGCUCAGCUAUAUUGUCUUUUUACCUUGCCUUGUAGCCAGUUAUCAUAAUGAAAGACCUCAUUUCCAUUUACAAAUCAUAUGUGCUUAAGAUGUUGCUUGCAUGUGGAUCUAAAGGCAUUUUCAUGUGUAUAUUGUUUAAAAUGAGCCAGGAAAGGUUUUAUUUAAACGUAACAUUGUCUCAUAGAGGUGUCUGCUGAACUAGAAGAAACAGAUACGUGAAGAAUACAAAAGGAAGGGUAAUGAGAACAUGACCUCUUCUUGACCACAUCUCCACCAUGUGAUCUGUAUUUGAACACACUGUCUUCUCAAUGAAAUUAAAUGAAAUUCCUCUGCAUGGAAUCACAAUAUUGGGUGGACAUCUCAGCUUAAGAGAAGUGAUGUGCAGAUCUCUACCUUUUUCGAUGAGCAAGUUAUGAUGAUUAUGUAUAUAUGAUUCAGUUUUGAUUAACAUUUGUUGACUUUGGUGAUGAACUUUCUUUGUCUCCAUACUGACAUUUUUGGACUUAUAACAUGUACACUACGGCAGUUAGCCAUAUUUAAAGUAUUAGACUGAUAUACAGAGUAAGUUCUAUGUUUAGUACUUGAGAUUCAGACACCAAUCCAAAGUUUUCCAGUGCAGACAUUAGUCUACCAUGUCAAAUGAGCCUACUACUCAUUGUUUUAACAUGCAGCUGUUCACCUUGUACUGUUCUCUCCCAUUUAAUUUUGAAUUUCACCAGCAUUAAAAUCUGAUCAAAAGAAGCA